AUGGCUGCUUCCUAUCCUCCUCAUUUUGUGGACAUCAAACGCGAAAUAGCCGCGUCGUACCCCGGUUUCGAGCAACAUACAACUCAGGCAUGGCGAAGGCUGUUGUCACAGCUCGCGAAGAGCACCGAAGAAUUCGGCAGGGAAGGUACCAACGAUCUUGCCUCUUGUGAUCAAGGUUUCAUUGAUUUGGUUAAACGCCGAGGUUGCGUCGUUAUUCGCGAUGUCGUGGAUGACGCGGAAGCAGCUGCCUGGCAGAGGGAUCUGAAAGAAUAUGUCAAGACGAACCCCGUACCAGGGUUUCCAGAGGAAGACAAGCAAUUUUUCCAGCUCUAUUGGACGGGACCGCAAGUGAAAGCCAGAGCCCACCCUAACGUCCUUAACACGACAACUUGGCUCAAUAAUCUUUAUCACGUCAAGACUGAGGAGAAAGUCGACGGAGUAGAUCUUUCGACCCCGCUCGCAUACGCCGAUCGCUUCAGGAUCCGCCAUCCGGGCGGCCUUUGGAACAAUCAUCCACCUCACGUCGAUGGUGGCGCCAUUGAACGCUGGCAAGACAAGAAUUUCCGGCAAUGCUAUGCUGACAUUCUCAGAGGAGACUGGGAAAGCCACGACCCGUAUGAACUGUACAGCCGGAUGAACGCUCGUACAUCUUUGUAUGGGCGUGCCGGACAAUGCACCGUUUUCAGGACGUUCCAGGGAUGGCUCGCGCUAAGUGAGACAGCACCAAGCGAAGGCACUCUGAAAGUAUUCCCGGACAUCGUUCUGUCGAACUCAUAUACAAUCCUGCGUCCCUUCUUCCGUCCGAAGGCUGGCGAAGUCUCAGACGACCCAUUCGAUCCCGAGAACUGGGAAUUCGAUAUAUCCAGCCCGGACUUCCCCGGCAUCUAUCCUAGAGAUGGAGGUUUUGUUGGACCUCGACCUAAUCCAAUCUCCCAUCCACACAUGAGACUGGAUAAGACGAUGGUGUCAGUACCUAAGGUGUUCCCCGGGGAUAUGGUAUUCUGGCACUGCGAUGUCGUACAUGCCGUUGAAGAAGAGCACACCGGAAAAGAAGAUUCUGCAGUCAUGUACAUCCCGGCCGUGCCCUGCACUCCACACAACUCCGCUUAUGUCGAGCGUCAGAAGGAGUCGUUCUUCACUGGUGUCCCGCCGCCGGACUACCCUAGAGAGAAAGGCGAAGCCACCUUCAAGGGUGUGGGCCGAGUCGAAGACAUAGUUAGUGCGAUCGGACGGCGGGCUAUGGGACUAGCCAUUGAAGUCGCUUGAAGUUCUG